AUGAGAGCCGAGCGCUUUCAUAAAAACCUGCAGGCACCGUCCCGAUCACACCAGGCCUUUGGCAUCCCCGUGCAAAUAGAGGAGGCCCCUCCCACUUUUCGGAGGGUGCAGCUAUAUAACCGAGGAGGCCAAACUGAUGCUUUCAACUGCAGAUCGACUCCAGACUCCAAUUGGCUCAGAUCCACAAACUCCAGCAUGUCCUUCAGCAGCAGAUCCUACAGCCCCAGGACCAUGAGCGUCUACGGGGGGGCCGGGGGCCGCGGAACCCGCAUCUCCGCCUCCCAGGUGGGUUCCCAGGCGGGCUUCAACCUGGCCGACGGGCUGGACCUCCACGUCGGCGCCAACGAGAAGGCCACCAUGCAGAACCUGAACGACCGCCUGGCCUCCUACCUGGAGAAGGUGCGCAGCCUGGAGAAGGAGAACGACCGGCUGGAGAAGCAGAUCCGGGAGUGGUACCAGAGCAAGACCGUGGUCGCCCACGACUACAGCGCCUACUUUGCCACCAUCGAGGACCUGAAGGAAAAGAUCCGAGCUGCUUCCAGGGUGAAUGCCAAGAUAAUGCUGGACAUGGACAACGCCAGACUGGCUGCUGAGGAUUUCAAAACAAAGUAUGAGAACGAGCUGGCCAUGAGGACGGCCGUGGAGAGCGACACCGUGUCGCUGAAGAGGGCCAUGGACGACAUGAACCUGGGCAAGAUGGAUCUGGAGAGCCAGUACGAGUCCCUGAAGGACGAGCUCAUCAUGCUGAGGAGGAACCACGAAGAGGAAAUAGCCGUGCUGAGGAGCCGGGUGGGCGGCCAGGUCAACGUGGCCGUGGACGCGGGGCCCUCCCAAGACCUGAACCAGACCAUGACGGAGAUCAGGGAACACUAUGAGGCCGGCAUCGCCAAAAACCGCAAGGAGCUGGAGUCGUGGUAUCAGGGCAAGAUCACAGCCGUGGAGCAGGAGGUGAUGACACAAACAGAGACUCUGGUGACGUCCCGCACCGAGGUCAAGCAGCUGAGGGAAACCCUCCAGAGGCUGGAAAUUGAGCGACAGUCCCAUUUGAGCAUGAAAGAGUCUCUGGAGGGGAACUUGGCAGAGACUCAGGCUCGCUAUGGAGCACAGCUCUCAAGCCUCCAGAGCAUGGUCAGCAGCCUGGAGGAUCAGCUGUCCCAGAUCCACGGCAACAUCACCACCACCAAGCAGGAGUACGACAUUCUGCUGGACCUCAAGACCCGUCUGGAGAUGGAGAUUGCAGAGUACAGGAGGCUGCUGGAUGGCGAAGAUGAGAGCUCAAAACAAGUGGUCACAAAGGUCAUCACAGUGGUGGAGACGGUUGUGGAUGGAAAGGUGGUGGGCAGCAGCAGAACCGUUGACGUGGAUGUGGAUGAAAUUCAGUGA